UCUGUAUUUGCUCCGAUUCUUUUGUUUGGCUGAUUGUGGUUUAGGUUUUUGUCGUUUUCUAGGGAUUUUGCUCUUGUGAUUUGGGAUUCUCUCCCUUCGAGUCGAAGGCAGUAACGAUUCGUAUCUGUUUUUACGUUUCCUUUGGUAUAUCAUCUUAAUCGAAGUUAGGGUUUUGAAUGUACAACGGAAUCGGACUCACCACCCCUCGGGGGUCGGGCUCCAACGGCUAUGUCCAGAGCAACAAGUUCUUUGUAAAGCCGAAGACGAAUCGGCUAACCGACACUACCCGGCCUUUCGAGGCUGGUCAAGGCACCGCCGGCCUCACCACCAAGAAGCCCGACAAGGACAUCCUCGAGCACGAUCGCAAACGUCAGAUUGAGCUCAAGCUUGUGAUUUUAGAAGACAAACUCACUGAACAACGCUACACCAACUCUGAGAUCGCUGAUAAGCUCGUCCAGGCUAGGAAGGCUCUCGAAGCUCAAGAUGAGGAAGAAGGAGAAGUUAUACCCACCCCUGCUCAUCAGAAAAAGGUUUCGGAUACCCAGACUCACCAAGUUGCUGUGAGGAAGGAGAAGCAGAUGGAGACCUUGAGGGCUGCUCUCGGGAUUGAGAUUGGACUUUCUGAAUCUGCUGCUCCUUGCCUUUCUGGAUAGAUAUUCCCUGUAAAACUGAUAAUAUUAUGUAUAGAGUACAGGUCUGAGUGAAGAAAAUUAGGAUUCCAUAUAUAAUUCUUUUUUACAUAUAUAUAAAGUGUAAGUUUUGAUCCUUGUCUGAUAAACAAAAUUUAUCACAAUCAUACAAGAAUUCAGAGGAGGUUCAUCUUGGCAAUAAUUAACUCGCAGAUGCCUAACAACUUCUUAUUAUUGGUCUGAAUACGAUUCUGGAUGUAGCUGUUUAGUUGCAGAUGUGGGCAGAACUCUUGGAAAAGAGGAUGUGGCUGUUGAUGGAGUUUAAGAAGCCAUAAAGUUGUUAGAAUCUUUGACUUUGAAAUCUGAAGAAGCUGGUCUCGAGCUUUCUUUGAUGUAGCUACGAGGCUAGUUAAUCUCUUGGAAAGUGGUUCCUCAUCUGCAUUUCACUUGCAGCGUCUUUCAGUGCUGGAAUUCCUCAAAACUCAACUGGCUGAGAAACAAUCGGAGGCAACUGUGAGUUCAGUGCCCCCUCAAUGAAAAACUGUGAACUUCAUAAAGGAGCCAGUUUGUGUACAUAGAAAAGCUUAAGGUUGCCAAGUAAUGAAUUCAGUUUAGGAAGAGAAGAUCCUUGGAGGAUUAUGAUGUGCCAGAGUGUGAAUAUUUUAGGUAGUCCUUGGAACACAAGUGAUAGACAACCAUGCUUUACAUUUUAUCUGCUAAAUCUUACUUUCUGCUUGAGUUGCCUUUCUCUCUACACCUAUAUGUAAUCUUAAAAAUAAGAGGCAGACAGCACCACCUUUUAGCACAAGUCAAAUUUUCUCUGUUUUUUGUUUUU